AUGCCUUCUUUGGGGUUCCUGAAGAAGAAGAAGACGCGGGACUCCACAGACUCGCCGACCUCGCCCGUCAAGGACACCACCUCGCCCAUCUUCCCAACCUCCUCAAAGACAAAGCGCGCCUCGGUCGUUAGUAAGACCUCCACCAAGACCAAUCCGGAAGUGCAGCAGCCCUCGCAGAGCUCUCAGGCCUCUGGCGGGGCCUCGCACAAGCAAGUCGACUCAAUGAACUCCCAGCCCCAGCAAGCGUACGCGACCCCUCAAGCCUCUCCCGAGCCGUACCAGUCCGCCUCACACAAUGUCCCCUCAAUCCAGAACCUGAUACACCCCACGAACGCCAAUGCUUCGCCCUCCAAUUACCAGCAACAGCAGCAGCAGCAGCAGCAAACAGCGAAGCCCACUAAUGGCGGCGUACAAAUUCAGCAACCGCCGUCCCAGCCGCGCGUCACCAAAGGCAAGUACACCUUGCAGGACUUCGCCAUCCAGCGCACGCUCGGGACCGGCAGCUUUGGGCGCGUGCACCUCGUGCAGUCCAAGCACAACCAGCGCUACUAUGCCGUUAAGGUGCUGAAGAAGGCCCAGGUGGUCAAGAUGAAGCAGGUUGAACACACCAACGAUGAGCGCCGCAUGCUGCAGCAGGUCAAACACCCAUUCUUAAUCACCCUGUGGGGCACCUUCCAAGACUCGAAGAACCUGUACAUGGUCAUGGACUUCGUCGAAGGCGGCGAGCUCUUCAGCUUGCUGAGAAAGUCACAGCGUUUUCCGAAUCCAGUCGCGAAAUUCUACGCAGCCGAAGUAACCCUUGCCCUCGACUAUCUGCACGCGCAGAACAUCAUCUACCGAGAUCUCAAGCCUGAGAACCUGUUGCUCGAUCGACACGGCCACCUGAAGAUCACCGACUUCGGUUUCGCGAAAGAAGUGCCUGACAUCACCUGGACGCUUUGCGGUACACCCGACUACCUAGCGCCUGAGGUAGUAGCAUCGAAGGGAUACAACAAAUCUGUAGAUUGGUGGUCUCUUGGCAUUCUUAUCUUCGAGAUGCUCUGCGGUUUCACGCCCUUCUGGGACGGUGGUUCGCCCAUGAAGAUCUACGAAAACAUUCUCAAGGGUCGUGUAAAAUACCCGCCCUACAUCCACCCCGAUGCUCAAGAUCUGCUGCAAAAGCUCAUCACUCCCGACCUCACAAAACGCCUCGGCAAUCUCCACGGAGGUAGCAAGGACGUUAUGAAUCAUCCCUGGUUUGCCGAGGUGACGUGGGAAAGACUGCAGAAGAAGGACAUCGAUGCUCCAUACGUUCCGCCGGUACGAGCCGGCGUCGGCGAUGCCAGCCAGUUCGACAAGUACCCUGAAGAGACAGAAGCAUAUGGACAGACCGGAGAUGACCCACACGGUCACUUGUUCCCGGACUUUUAA